UCGUCGGAUCCGUAUGUCGCAGCCGACCCUCAACUCCAGUCUAAGCGGUAUCAACUUCUUUAGCAUGAAUCGUGGUGUUGGUGUCGGUCGUCUGUCAUACACCAGUCUGCGGGCCGCCUCGGGCGACAAUAGCAUCAACGAGGAGGAAAGGCUCUCGACGCCGAACGUGCAUGUCCUGGGCGGCAGCCCACGUGGCAGUCUAACAAUGGAGAGGAGCUCGUCGCGACUCUCGCAGCCGGAUGUACGCAGAUUCGCACUGCGGCAGGACAAGCGCGAACGACUGUCACAGCCCACCCUAGUCACUGGCGACUAUUAUCCCGGCCGAGGACAGCAACGGCUGUCCCAACCAUGUCUCAGCAGCGGUUACCGCGAGAUCAGCGGUAUCGGCGUCGUGCCCUCCCCAUCGCCGCCGCCUUUCCCUCUCAAACACAAGAGAUUCGUGCCUCCCGUUCUGCAAGCGAGUCAACGUGACCGUCUGUCUCAGCUAGAUAUCGGUGCCAAAUAUCGGAACAUCAAGGACCUGGGCGGUGGCGGAGCUGCGCAAGUCAAGUUCAAUCGCGAUCGGUUCUCGAUACCAGAGCUGGAGACACAGAACGAUCUGCGAUUGAUCGCCGGCACGCCUAAGCAACGCUUCAGUCUAGACAGUCAGCUGACAAAGCAGCGCUUUAGCCUGGACAGCCAGGAUAGCUGUAAGUCGCGACUGCUACCAAUCGCGAGCUCGCCGAUCUUCGAGCAUCAACAGAUGAAGACAGAGGAUCUAACCGGAAUAACGUCCGAUAGGCUCAAGAGUCCCACUUGCGAAGGCCUGCAGAGCGUGAUUGUAGCGAGCACCUCGCCGAUCUUCCCACCCGGCGAGAGACGAUUUCUCGCGCCGGAUUUCCCGUUUGCUGGCAGAAAGAUGUCGACGUCGCCAUCGCCACCAAAGGCUGGGGAGAUCGCAAAGACUGUGCGCGCGUCCGGCAAACCGCCGCCAAUUCCGGUCGAGAGGAUGUCGGUGCCGGAGAUUAGAAAUUCGAGUUUGCGCCGAUUAUUGGACCCACCUGUCCGGCAGCGGCAUAGCAUCGCCGGCAACCUGCGACAGUCGCUGUUAUCACCAGUGAAAUUACCCGAGUUCGCCACCGGCGGCAGAAAAUCACCACGAUAUUCGAUCGACGAUGCGCUGGAAAAGUUGAAGAGGAUCGAGAAGGAAGAGAAUCGACGGAAUCAAGAGACAAGCGAGGAGAAGGGGCAGGAAGGCAAAGAGCAGGAUCAACAGCAGCAAGAACAGCAGCAGGAACCAAAACACAUCCAACGACACUAUUCGUACACGUACGAGACUUCCGGUAGUGAUGAAAGCGGCAGUGUCUCGACCCUCGGCAAGAUGAGCGUGGGCGGUACGCCGAAGCGUAAAUAUCUGGAGAGUAACUUCGACGAGAACGAGCAGGUGAUCACGACAGUGAUCGAGACGGAAGUUCCGAUGAUCCUGCCAAGCACGCCUGGCAAGUACGCGAAGAAGGUUCAGGCAUACUCGAGCGAGACACCCAAAUGGAUUCGUAAAUAUCUGGAGAACGAGAGCCCAAAGAUAGGUCGAAGGACCUCCACCAGUGCCAAGGACCAGAUCGCCAGAACAAAUCGCAGGAACAGCCGCAGGAAGAGUUCGCUGGAAUCAAUCGAGACGGUGACGAAGAAGCCCGAGGAAAAAAUCCGCUCCAAGUCCGCCAGCUGCGAGGAAAGAAGCAUCAAGAGCGUCGUGGAGCAACCCUUAAGUGGUGUGAAAGAAACUUACGUGAGAAUCGUGCCGUCCAACAACGCCCAAGAGGAGAAUAGGUACGAAGUUGGUGUAGAGUCUACUGCGACCUCCUGGACAAAGACCGAUGGUCGAGGUCUUUAUGGCGACGACACCGACACGGACGAUUCCACAUCGAUCUAAUCGGGCGGAAAAGAUCUCGUCAUCUCAUUGUCAGCAUGAAUCGCCGCACUGAAUUCGAUCGCUCUAUGUGUGUGAUUGCUGCCGUCAAACUACUGAAAAAAAUUUAUAACUAAGUUUCAAUUAGCUUAAGAAUAUUAUCGUUAUUGUCUUUUUUCGACGAACAUAAAAUUUAAGCGGCUAAUUAAAUAAUACGCGCUCGACAUUAAUUUAUAUGAUUAAUUAAUUAGGUACUCGCAUUUAUUACAAAAAAAUUUUUAGAUUUCCAAUUUUCCGAUUUAGUGUGUUUUCAGCUAUAAAUAAUUACACAAAACUAUUCCAUUACACAGCCGAAUGCAACCGAUUUGAACAAGAAACUUGAAUGAAUCAUUUUCGUUAUAAUAUUUGUAAAAUAUUGAUAGUAAGAAUCUUUUGUUCAAAUUUAUACAACUAUACUAAGAGACUGAACAGAGAAUAUAUGUGUAAAUCACCCAAAUGCAUACAUAUUGAAACGAGAUUAACACAAGUCAGAUUAUAGCGCAAUCAAGGCAGAUACAAUAGAGAGAGAUUGAUGAAAUAGAUUAUCUCAAGUAGAGUUUCGAAUAUUUUGUACUUAAAAAUACUGCACUGUCUCUCCCUCUCUCUCUUUCUCUCGUCACUUCGUCUGAUGGAAUGAGAAUCAGAGAAGUGAAGAUCGGAUGCAGAUACUAUUUUUGCACAAACAAUGGAUCAUAACAUACCGCAUGCGUUUUAGCCUAAUAAUAUUCAGAUCUAUGUGCUUUAUCAACUUUUUCAAUUAAAAAACUAAUGACUUCUGAUUUGUACAUAUCUCGAACACAAAAACGCGUAGAGCGAAAAGCCGAGUAGAAUGUAAGGAGCGAUCGAAAACUCGCGAUAUUCAAGCUCGAACGAUGGAUUUCUUUUUCAAUUCUUGCCAAAUCGUUCGACGAGAUAAAUAAUUUAUUCCGGAUUUUCGAUCCAUGUGUGUUCGUUCGCUUGUUCUGCGUGCAACGUGUUGCGUUAGCUCGAAGUAUGUGUGAUUAUUUUUAUCAUGCUUGCAUCGAGAAAGACGUUACGUAGAAAUUAAGUGUAAAAACAAUCCAGCUUGUAUAUAUAUCGAUUAUAGGGAAUGAUAAUAUAUUGCUAAAUGUGCACCAUUGCAUUAGAAAAAUGUAAGAUUGUAAGAUCGUUUGAUGUUCUUGAUUGUAUAAAUUUUUCAUUUCCUGUCGGCAAGAUAUUUUUCGCUUGCAAAAACCGUGUUUCGUUCCUGUGAUUAUAUACAUCAUAUUAAUCGCGAACUGAAUUUAUUUACAGUAAUGCGCGCGGAUGUUUUUACUGAUACUAGUCAUUAACGAAAUUUUACAAUCAAAUAUAUAUAGGGUGUUUCUGUGAUGAAUAGUAUAGAUUUAAUUGAUAAAAUAGAGAAGAGUAAAAAUAUUUUUUUUUUUCAGAGAGAAAGAGAAAGAGAGAAAGAAAUUUAGAAGUAUUUUACAAUUUUUUAACUCAAAGAAUUAUAUGCUUUGCUUUAUUAUUUCUAAAUUAAUUGUUAAAUAUUGUAGAGCAAUCCAUAAAGCAUUUUAUAAAGUUCGGUAAUAUCUCAAAUUUUUUAAUGAUUUUUAAUCUUAGCUUUUUUAAAAUAAUAUUUAAUUAAGUUUGCAUCUACCACUUAUGAACGAUUAAACUUUCAUAUUUUGAAUAUAAAUUGAAGAUCUAAUAAAAUGUGUGAAAUCUUAUGAGAAUUUUUAUUUGCUAUAUAUUUUGUAAGUAACAUACGCUUAGAAUCUAAGUUUAAAAAGUAGUUAUAUAUUAUUUUAUUAUUUAAUAAGAUAUUAUUUGAAACGCACAUUUGUCUUACUCUUACACAACGUCUAAUUUGUGAUUUCUCUUCAUCAAAAAUAUAUAUGCUACAACUCAAGCACCCUGUAUAUAUUAUAUAUACAUACAUACAUACAUACAUACAUACAUACAUACACAUAUAUAUAUAUAUAUAUAUAUAUAUAUAUAUAUAUAUACAUACACAUAUAUACACAUACAUAUAUACACAUUUAUGCAUAAUUUUUUCGAAUAUUCCGAGCGCGAAUAUGUAUAUGUGAGCAUUGAAUAUUUUAUUUAUCUUUAGCAGUGUGUAUGUCAUUUUACUCCUAUAUACACACAAUAUAUACAUAUAUAGUAUUUAAUACGCAAGUAAAAAUGUCAAAUAUUAGCAAGUCAAAAUAAUAUGCAUAAAACAAUACAUUAUAAUUUGUAAAAAGGGAAUGCCUUCUAUGUACACCCGAUUACAUAGAAAUAUAUAAUCUAUUGUUAUA